AUGGCUGUCUAUCAGAUCCGUGUAUUCGCGAUCUUCUAUUACAUUCUUGGGCAUUGUGUUUUUAUUAAUAACAUUGAAGCCACCCACCAACUUUACAGAAACCUUCAAAGUGUGUCUUCUUCUUCUUCCUCCUCAAAUCAACCUUACAGAACUGCUUACCACUUCCAACCUCCCAAGAAUUGGAUAAACGAUCCCAAUGGACCAAUGAGAUACAAAGGUUUAUACCAUUUGUUCUAUCAAUACAAUCCCAAAGGCUCUGUUUGGGGGAACAUUGUGUGGGCUCACUCUGUAUCAAAUGAUCUUGUAAAUUGGACCCCACUUGACUUAGCCAUCUACCCAUCUCAGCCGUCUGAUAUCAACGGAUGCUGGUCAGGAUCCGCCACAAUUCUUCCAAAUGGCAAACCUGCCAUCCUAUACACAGGAAUUGACUCAAAUAACCAACAAGUUCAAAACUUGGCCUUACCCAAAAAUGCCUCGGACCCAUUCCUUUCAGAAUGGGUUAAGAACCCAAAGAACCCCUUAAUGGCUCCAACUACGGCUAACAAAAUCAAUUCUAGCUUAUUCAGAGAUCCCACCACUGCUUGGUUAGGCAAAGAUGGGUACUAUAGAGUCCUAAUUGGGAACCAAAAAGAGACUACAGGCAGGGCACUCUUAUAUAGAAGUAAAGAUUUUGUGAACUGGGUUGAAGCCAAACAUCCUCUUUACUCAGCUAAAGGCACUGGAAUGUGGGAGUGUCCUGAUUUCUUUCCAGUUUUGUCUAAAUCCAUGUCUGGCAUUGAUACAUCUGUCAAUGGACCUAAUGUUAGGCAUGUGCUUAAGGUUAGUUUGGGUAGUAAAUUGCACGAUUACUAUAUGAUUGGGAGUUAUGAUGUGAAGAAGGACAAGUUUCUUCCAGACACGGGGUUGCAGAGUAUCGAAUCUGUCUCGAGGUAUGAUUAUGGAAAAUAUUAUGCCUCCAAAACGUUUUAUGAUGAUGCAAAGAAGAGAAGGGUCCUGUUAGGCUGGGUCAACGAAUCCUCAAGUGUUGCAGAUGAUAUCAAGAAAGGAUGGUCAGGGAUCCAUGCAAUUCCAAGGGCAAUUUGGCUUCACAAGUCGGGGAAACAGUUGGUGCAAUGGCCAGUGGUUGAAAUUGAGAGGCUUCGGGCAAACCCAAUCAGCUGGCCAAUCAAAGUGCUCAAGGCUGGUCGACAUCUCCAAGGCACUGGUGUCACUGCUGCACAAGCUGAUGUUGAAGUUUCAUUUGAAGCAAAGGAGUUUGAGAAGGCAGAAGUAUUGGAAAAUUGGAUGGACCCCCAAGUUUUGUGCAGCAAAAAGGGUGCAUCAGUAAAAGGUGGAUUAGGACCUUUUGGCUUGCUUGCUUUUGCUUCAAAGGACUUGAAAGAAUACACUGCUGUCUUCUUUAGAAUCUUCAAACACCAACACAAACCUUUGGUCCUUUUCUGUAGUGAUCAAAGCAGGUCUUCAUUGAAUAACAUCAAUGAUCUCACCACUUAUGGCACCUUCCUUGAUGCUGACCCUUAUCAGAAGAAUCUGUCACUUAGAAGCUUGAUUGAUCACUCAGUAGUGGAGAGUUUUGGAGAAGGCAAGGCAGUGAUCACAUCAAGAGUCUACCGAACAUUGGCAAUCAAUGAUGAGGCUCACCUUUAUGCCUUCAAUUAUGGUGCUGCUGAUGUUAAGAUCACCAGAUUGAAUGCUUGGAGCAUGAAGAAAGCACAAAUCAACUGA